AUAUCACAGUCUCCGAUUUGGAAAUUCUCUCUGAUCAAUGAGGCCUCCUGGUACACCACCAAUCAGCGAGAGAGAAAGGCAGCCAAGAACGCGCAGACGGUGGAGCUCCGAGGAGGAUGAAGUCCUCCGCAAGUACGUAGCAGAGCAUGGCAAAGAAGAUUGGCACGGCGCGGAGAAGCUUCUUAAACGUUCCGGAAGGGGCUGCUUUGAACGGUGGAGGUAUGGUCUCCGGUCUACAGUCGCCGAACACCCUUUAACCGAUGAGGAGAAAACCAUAUUAUGGCAGCUUUACCAGAGGUUCGGUGACAGUUGGUGUGCUAUAAGAAGAUGUAUACGGCGUGAUAAUCGCUUUUCUGCAAUGAGAUCGGAGUUUGACAUAAAGAAUUAUAUCGAGCAAGUAUUGUUAGAGCGAGCGCAGGAUCCAAAUCGUAAUCCAAAUGAUGUUAAUGAUAAUGAUGGCAACCUAGAAGCUCCACGGGAGGAUAUUGAUCAAAAUAAUGAAGAGGCCGGUAGUCAUGGCAACUAAUCUUUGGAUCUCUCAUUAUCCUUUCGUGUUUCUCCUUUCGUGGCAAGGAACAUUGAUAUUAAUGCUUUGGCGCCCUCAAAUAGCCGUCUACUUAUAAUAUAUCUACAUAAAUUUUCACUUUUUAAAAAAAAAAAUAUUGGGACGUGGUGACCACUGAAAUAUGACACCUUGAAUCUCUUCAUUUUAUUUCUAUAUAAUAUUCUUAUACAUCAGAGC